AUGGGAAAAGUUUCGGAGUUUUUCGGCAAUCCAGGUGCUAGGCCUGAUGUUCACCAUAGAGCGCCUACCGUUAAUCAUAAACAAUAUGAAGAUUUUGGCGAUUCCAAAGAUUACAAGAACGAUGAUAUCGUCAGAGUUAUUAGCAAUAGCGAUGAAAGUACUGAUGACGAAUUAUGUAAUGUGGAUCUAACUGAAACUGGUGCAAUCUUUACUAGUAAAGGUUUCACUGGGUUAAGUAAAGGUUUCACAGAUAAAUCCUUAGACUUUUUAGUGCGGGUGGCUGGUUCACAAAUUGUUUUUUUCAUCGUUUGGAUCAUCCUUAUAAUUUGGAUAGUUAUCGGUAUUGUUUACAAUGCACCUUUUAAUUGGCAAGUGGUUAUGCAGGACGGUCAAUCGAUUCAAAGUUAUGUUUGGGACACGCUAUUAAUGAGACAACAACUGAUGAGCACACAUGAGCAAAUUUUGAUCUGUGGUAGAUUGAAGUCGAGAUUGAUUUCCUUCAAGAACUAUUUAACAAGAAGGUCUCCACAGGAAGAGAAAGCAGAAUGUACAGUUGAAGCUAAUGAAGUGGGUUCCAUUGAAAAGCAUAUAGACUUAUCGGAAAUUAAUGGAGAAUUGCCCGUGGAGAAUUGGUAUGAUCGUUUAUCGAAUAUAGCAAGCAAAUAUAUGGGUUCGAUCUCAGCGAUGGUGAUAUUUUGGAUAGGUAUUUUUGUUUGGAUAGGCUGCGGUGCAAUUCCAAAAGAUGCAGGCAACUCGCCACCUUACACUGGAGAGACUUCUGGUAGUAAUCCAAGAUUAAAAAAAUUUAGUGAUAACUGGCAAAUGUAUAUUAACACUGCUGUCGCAGUUUCCCUGUUGAUUUGUACCACAUUCUUACAAAACAUUAGAGCCAGACAUGAUUAUUUCACUGGAAAAUUUUUAGUCGGUAUCUUUGAAAUGGACGAAAAAAUCGACUAUCGUAUAAGAAAGCAUUUCAAUGAUUUUGAAACGCCGCAUCCAGUUGUUACGAUUGAAUCUGAAAAAAGAUCAACCGGGAGAAAGAUGAUUGAUUGGUAUGCCGACAUUAUUGGUACUGGGGUGGGUGUGAUAAUUGGCGUUGCAGUGUUCGCUACUUGGAUUGGUAUUGGUACGCCAUUGAAAUGGAACGAUAACUGGUGGUUGAUUAUCGGUACAUACACAGGUUUAGUUGGGUUUCUAGACGGUUUCGUUCUAAGAGAAGUGUAUUUCAGAAUUGUUCAGCACGAGGAGAAGAACUACUCUGAUGUGGCUAGAGAAGACCUUGAAUUGUUUCAAGAACUGGGUAUUGAAUGUCCCGAAGAGUUUUCCGGAAAACCACCUCAAAUUAACACUAUUGGUUACAGAACAUCUCAGUAUAUAAAUAAGAUCUGCUCAACCCCAUGGAGUGUUCUAGUAUCUGUUCUGAUCAUCAUUGGUUUGAUUUGUGUUGCUUCCGGUCUUCGUUGGAGUACAACAGGUCAAUUGAUCGCUAACACGCCAACUAUGAUUAUCGAAGAAUUCUUCUUACUUGUUUUGUUGCAAGCACAUAAUUGGGCAGAUCGUCAAAGAAGAGUGGAAGUUACGGCUUUGUACGCACGUAGGCGCAUUCUUUUAUCAUAUGUGGAAACUCGUUUCCCCGAUGUUAUGAUGUUGGAAAAAUAG